CCUUCAAGUUCUCAUUUCGACACAACAACUUAAACACACACAAAUUUAGUCUCAAUCUUGAGCUAAGGUUCUCACAUCAUAUUCUCUCCUUGGAGAAUUAUGGCUAUCUCUAAAGCCCUUAUUGCUUCUCUUCUCAUAUCUCUUCUUGUUCUUCAACUCGUCCAGGCCGAUUUGGAAAACUCACAGACAAAAGAUGGUUACGCAAAGAAGAUCGAUUGUGGGAGUGCGUGUCAAGCACGGUGCAGGCUUUCAAGGAGGCCGAGGCUGUGUCACAGAGCGUGCGGGACUUGCUGCUCCAGAUGCCAGUGUGUACCACCUGGCACGUACGGAAACUACGACAAAUGCGAGUGUUACGCUAGCCUCACCACCCACGGUGGACGCCGCAAGUGCCCAUAAGAAACAGGACAAAAGCUCUUAAUUGUUUGAGGAUAACGCGAGGAUGUCGUUUUGUUAGUAUUUUGUUGGCGCAUAUAUAUGUGGAUCAAAUAAUAAACGAGAACCGUACGUUGUCGUCGUCGUGAGUGAGUACUACUGUAUUGUUGAUUGGUCUAUUUUGUGUAAGUUUCCAGGAUUUGAGUUUUGUUUUUAUUUAUUUGUAUAUCGAUUCGUGCAAUAAUCUCAUUGUAUAGUUUCAUUUUAUGUAAUAAAAUUAUGUAACUCAAAAAAAUUAUGUAACUUUUGAGUGAUUGUUCUGCU